UCUAUUUCUAGGCUCAACCUCACCGAUCAUACUACCUUCUCGCACUUAACAACUUUCUUAUGUCCAAUGCAUGUCGUGUGACAUGUACUCAAAUUAUUCCUCCAUUAACGCGCAUUUUAUAUACUGACUGUCUACCUGGUUGUCUGCAUGGUAUCUAGGACUUAGAUAUGUCCGCAGAUCUCUUCGCUGCGUUCGAGGACUCCUCGAAACCUGCUCCACCUAAGGGCCAAAAGGGGCAACCGUCAGAGGCAUCCACGCAGGCUUCUUCCUUCAAACCCGACCCCUUUUCCUUCGGAUCUAAUAAUUCUCAGCACAUCAGUGCUCGGAAAGGGCAAUACACGAACCCUAUCACCCAGCGUUGGAGUACUGAUACAUCUCUACGGAGCGGUCAGCUGAGAAGUACUCAACAGCCAUCAGGUGUAAAUGGCUGGACAGGCGCAACGCUUCAAUCUACUCAAUCAAAAAUCCAGGAUGACGAGGAUGACGAUGAUGGUUGGGGUGACUUUGAAGUCGCCCCAAGCAUGAACCAGCCGCCUACCACUUCAGUAAUAGCCACCGCUCCGUCGGGAUCAACCGUUAAAGAGCGGCAGAGCCCAGCGCCACGACGGACAAGGGUUGUACGCGCGUCGACGAUAGAUCUCAUGUCAAAUAAUCUCCUUGAUCUUAAUAAUCCAUCUACAGUACAGAAUGAUUCAAGGGUACCACCCUGGAUUCAAGGCCCGUCUAAGCAGGUCAAAGCGCCAUCACCUAACGUUGCUUCCUCAAAGCCACCCAAAAAGCCCCCCAAUGCUAAUUCAAAUGUGUUAUUUGACGCCGAUGAUUUCGAUGGAGAGCAACAAGAUGGCGGCGCUGACGACGAUGAUUUUGGUGAAUUUGAGACAGUUGCCUCACCCGCCCAACCAGAACCAGACCUUUUAUUAACUGAUAUUAACUUGUCUUCUACAACUACAAAAGCGCGGCCCUCUCAAAUGCUUUCAGGCUUGAAUCUAACUUCCCCAACUUCAUAUCCGCAAGCACCACGGUCUCCAUCAUUCCAUGAAAGAAAUCCUUUUCCUGGGCUUGCUGUUGCGCCGCCUUCGAAGCCAGAGAAAAAGCCUGCCAACGAACCGAAAACAUCACCGAUAACUGCAUGGCCAUCUCUCAGCGCUAAUAAAUCCGCAGGGAGCCCUGGAUUAAAUGAAGAUUGGGGCACGUUUGAUGAUUUACCUAAUGAAAAAACGAAAUCCAAUCCGAAUACGGAGAAGGUCGAUUCAACUUGGGACUGGGACACGGAAGAGCCGGUUCAACAGAAACCGGCAAAGACCAAAGCGCCAGUAACGGUGCCUGAGCCUAAAGACUCAUCUUGGGAUUGGAAUCCCACUGAUGUAGGGGCCGAGCAGCAGAUCGAGCGGCCGAAGGAUGAGUUACCUCCAACUAAUGUUCCUCCGCCGUCUAUACUAUUGUCAAUAUUCCCACAGCUGUUCGAUGAAGCGAAUACGUCAUUAUAUAAACCUAUUAGCGGUCAAUCAUUCUCCGUGAAGAACCGUAUAUUAUCGGAUCCGAAGACUGUCGAAUUUCUCAAGGGUUACGUAGCUCUGGCAACGGUGGCAGCUCGCGUUAUCGCCGGCCGAAAGCUGAGAUGGCACCGAGACAAAUUUCUUUCCCAGAGGAUGACUAUAUCAGCUGCAGGAAGCAAAGGAAUGAAACUUGCCGGCAUAGACAAGGCACAGGCUGCUCGUGAAGAUCGCGAGGCAGCUGAUGUCGUAGCUCACUGGAAGGAAUAUAUUGGCCGUCUUCGAUCCGCUGUUGCUACUGCUAAUUCGUCCAUCAAGAACAACGCAGAGCAAUUAAAGAUCCCCGAGAUCUCUGAAACGAUGCCAAUCCAAACGGAGAAGUUGGUCCCCACGGCCCCCAAGGCUUGCAUCGUGUGCGGUCUAAAACGUAACGAGAGGAUCUCAAAGGUUGACUACGAAGUUGAAGAUAGCUUUGGUGAGUGGUGGGUUGACCAUUGGGGACAUCUAGCGUGCAAAAGGUUCUGGCUACAUCAUGAGAGUGCUCUACGACAAAGAUAAAACCAGUUACCCAUCAGGCCUAAUAUUAGUCAACUCAGAAACCGACCUAUCCUCUAUAUCGAGAUGGCUGGCGUCAAAUUCUAUUACAGUAGCUGAAUAUCGAAAUUCCACACAAUAUACUAUCAAAUGUAUUGGGCGUGCUUUGGCAUACUAGAUGUGAUAGCGCUGAUAUCAGCCCCUCCUUCAACGACAAAUAAUAGGUAGAAUACCUGCGGACUAUACGGAUUUAUCAGUAUUCCACACUUGACCUUGAGCUACAUCACAGCAGUCAUGGAUACGUCAAAGCUCACAACAUGCGUUGUCUUAAUGGACUUUGAGAUUCAUCCCACAGUCAUUGACAUAGCCACUUACCUACAUACCUAGUUUUCGCACUGGCCGAUUGGCGUUUUCUCAAGUCUAUCAUUUUAAUAACAUUCAUCACAACAAACGCUUUUCGGGGCUUUUGCCUCCAUCGACUUGACGCCUCAUCGACUACCACAGUAGACGGAGUAUAUCACCAGUUUAGCAAGGUAGAAUCUCACCAGUCACCGUUUCUAUGUUAUCUGGCCGCUUUUGCCGCCCUAGGAAAUGUACAGAAUCUGGUCGCACAGCAUAUGCACCAUGACCUAUUUCCCAUGGAUCUGCUUGCAAAGUAUUCAGCAGGGAAGUAAAAACGAAUUCGAUAAUGAAGUGUUAGGUCGAUCCCGGAGUCUGGACUAGGAAA